UACAGUGAGGAUCUGGCAUCCCGCGCUCAGUCCGCGGUGGGAGCUGAAGCUGAUGGAGGCGCGAUGGCUCCGUUUCCCGACGAGGUGGAUGUUUUUACCGGGCCUCACUGGCGAAUGAAGCAGCUGGUGGGGCUCUACAGCGAGAAGCUGUCCAACACCAACUUCUCCAACAUCAGGGACUUCCGCUCAUUCCUGCAGUCACUCCUGGCCACGUUUAAGGAGUUCAAGAUGCACGAGCAGAUCGAGAACGAGUGCAUCAUGGAGCUGCUGCAGGAGCGCAGUCAGACCGUGUAUCACGUGCACGCCGAUAACAAGCUCUCAGAGAUGCUGUCGCUGUUUGAGAAGGGGCUGCGCAGCGUCAAGAGCGAGUACGAGCAGCUGAACUACGCGCAGCAGCUGAAGGAGAGACUGGAGGCCUUCACACAGGACUUCCUUCCUCACAUGAAGGAGGAAGAGGAGGUGUAUCAGCCCAUGCUGAUGGAGUACUUCUCGUACGAGGAGCUGAAGGCCAUCAAGCGUCAGGUGAUGCUGCAGCACUGUAGUAAUCGCUCGGCUGCAGAUCUGCUGAAGGACCUGAACCUCUGGAGUCACGCCCAGGAGCUGCACAAGGCCUUCAAGUACUCCGACCACGAGAAGAGCGAGGACGAGCGUGUGUCGGUGUCCGUGCUGCCGCAGGAGCUUCUGCUGAGGGUCUUCAGGUUCCUGGGGCCCGAGGAUCUGUGUCGCUGUGGACAGGUGUGCAGCGUCUGGGACCAGGUGUCUAAGACCGGGUCCCUGUGGAGACACCUGUACCCCGUCCGCUGGGCUCGAGGGGAUUAUUACUGCGGUCCCCCUGGAGACUCGGACCAGGAGCCGGAUGAGGAUUGGGUGAAGAGUCUCCAGGACGAGGGUCGAGUCUAUCAGGAGUGGGACGAGGACGCAGACGUGGAUGAAUCAGAGGCGUCCGAGGAGUCUCCAGCUCUGAGUGCGGUUCAGAGAGAGAAGAGGCUGCUCGAUGGGAUGAUCCAGAACCUGCUUCCCUCCGUCGGUCCGUCCGUGCGCUCGCUCAGUCUGGCCUACAGCUCGGCCGUCUCCAGUAAGAUGUUGCGACAGAUCCUCAUUUUGUGCCCAAACCUGACUCACCUGGAUCUCACACAGACUGAUGUCUCUGACUCUGCCUUUGACAGCUGGGCACAGUUCGGUGUGUGUCGUACUCUGGAGCGGCUGGAUCUCUCGGGAUGCGAUAAAAUCACAGACCGCACACUGAAGAUCCUAUCACUGGGAUUGGGCAACUUAACGACGUCCAGCCCGGAUCGCAGAGCCAAGCUGCUGAAAGCCCCGCCCUCUCCCAUCAAUUUCCAGGAUGAGUGUUCACUCCCACCAAUUGGACGCAGCUGCCAAGAUCUAAUUUUCAAGCGGAGACCUGGUGGGCGUGGCUCUGGGUGUGGCCCCGCCCACGUGUGGGCUCUCAACUCGUCAAAACUCGCUGACAUCGAGGAUGCGGCCGACUGGAGCAAACGAGGGGGCGUGUCUAUGCAGGAAAAUGGGCGUGGCGACAGAUCGUGCUGCUGUAGGAGGAGCCAGAGGCGGAGCUUCAGGACUGAUGUUAGCUCCUCCCACUGCCAGUAUGGCUCUAUGGCCGAGGCCCUCUGUGGUCACUCUCUCUGCUGUAAUUUCGACGUGGAGCUCUGGACUGUGAGAGAAGCGCACUGUGACCUCCAGGCCACUGGGGGCAGUGUUGAGUUUCGGACUAAAUGCUCGCUUGAGGGUGAAUCUUGCCCCGAGCUUCAGCACAACAGGACUGAACAAUCAGGUGCCUAUCGGGCGCUCAGGUUCCUCAGUCUGUCUGGAUGCUAUCAGAUCACGGAUCUCGGUCUGAGGUGUCUGUCUCAGCGUGGAGGACUCCCUCUGCUGGUGCAUCUCAAUCUGUCCGGCUGUCUGCUCAUCACGGGGGCGGGGCUUCAGGAGCUGGUGUCCGUUUGCCCCUCCCUCAACAUCGAGCACUUUUACUACUGUGAUAACAUUAACGGUCCUCAUGCUGAUACGGCCAGUGGGUGUCAGAAUCUGCAGUGUGGCUUCAGGGCUUGCUGUCGAUCCGGAGAGUGAUGCUCUUUAGUCUGUAUUCAUCUCUCUUUACCCCCUCCACCCCUCUCUCAUCUCUCAUCCAUGUGCACUUUAAUCGGGAAGUUUGUUCGAGAUGCUCUUUGACGCAAUUUGAACUUUCCCUAAAAUCAAAAACGCUUCAAUCCGGCAUCGCAAACCUUCAUCUGAGAGCGAUUGUGAAGGAACUAAAUGAUGUACUAUAUGUGUAAAUAAUUCAGUUGCCCACAGGAUUUUCUGAUGCUCUUUAAUUGAAACUUUUGAGUGCUUUAAGAUGCCAGUUCAGCAUUUUUUUGUUUUUGUUUGGAGUAUUUCACCCAGGCAUAUUUAUGUCCGUCUCAAGCUCAGUUCUGACUUUACUGAGCCAUUACUUUAGAUUUAAUGUUAAAACCACCUGCUUUGGUUCCUCUUCUCUGGAUUAAUGAGGUAGUGAAUAGGAAAAUAAAUUAAUAGGCUUUAGUUCA